UGUAUAUAAUAAAUAUAUAUAUUUUGGAGUUGAAGCGAGAUAAGUUUAGUUAUUCAAAUUAUUAAUUAUUAAUUCUGAAAAUAUUUAAAAAUUUAAGUUUUCAAAUUUCGCGCCUUUACUACUUAUGCUAUAGCUGCAGAACUUAUUGUUACGGCGGACGAUAAUGUCGAGUACAUUCUAGAAUGUGUAAAAGAAAAUACUCUCGAACUUUUCCGAAUAUGCUAGAGCCUAGCUCUCUGAAUAUAUAAGGGCCCGGUAUCACCCGCCAGAGUUAGUUCGAUUUGAAAAGCGAUUGCGAAAGGAACUGAAAGAAGUUAUCUGUGAGCAUUUAUUUUGAAGUAUCACGUGUCAGUAUUUUUAAUAGUGUGUUUAAUUAAUUCUCGAUUUUGAAGCCGAGAAGAAAAAAGUCGUCUGUGAGCCUUUAUUGUGAAAUAUCAAAUAAUACAAUGCCUAGACGUAAAAAAGGAGGAGAUCUUGCCAGUUCUGCAGCGAAACGGCGGAAAAAAAAAGAACAUAGAAGAAAUGAAACGGAAGAAGAGCGCGAAGCACGUUUACAAAAUCAACGAACUAGGAUGAGAACUCUGAGAAGCACAAAAAAUGAAGAAAGAAAAGAGAACGAAAGUAUAGAAGAAUCGAGAAUUUUAAAAGAUAAUUUAACAAAGGAAGCAUUCCACUACGAACCGACGAAAAAAUAUUACAAUCAUAAACAUGUUGUGAUCGGAAAAAUGGAUAACAUUUGCCAAUUUUGCCACGCGAAAAAAUUCAGUAAAGAAACAGCAGGUCUCUGUUGCAUGAAUGGAAAAAUUCGACUACCACCACUGGAAGCACCUCCACAGGAAUUUCUACAUUACAUGACCGGGGAAACACAAGAAUCAAAACACUUUCUUCAAAAUAUAAGAUUAACCUCAAAGAACCCUGCUUCUCUCACGGUCAGCUAUAUGUAGCUUGCUCAAGGGUAGGAAAUCCGAAAAAUCUAUAUAUA